AUGUCUGUUGAACAUCACGAAUUUAAACGUCAAAUAUCAUCUCAUGAAAGUUUACCUUGCUUUCUUCUCGAUGGUGGUCAAUCACCUUUUCAACGAUCGACAAAUAUAGCUACACCGUUUUCACCACCAUCAUCAACAACAACUAUGAUUCAGUCACCAAAUGUAAAAAGUCCAAAAUCAAACAGACAACAACAGUAUCGUUUAUUUGCUUCUCCUCACAUACCAUCAGCAACAUCGUCCAUAACACCAAAUCAUCCACGAACACGUUCAUUACAAACUGCUGAUUCUAAAACAUGUUUACCAUUAAAAAAUAUGUCUGAUAUAUUUCCUGAUUUCGAUUAUUCAAAAAUGACUGCACUCGACUCUAUUAUGAACAAUGAGACAAGAUCGUUUGAUUGUACAACAGCAACAACAGCGAAUAACAAUAAUUAUAAUAUUAAUGGUAGUCAAUUAAAUACGCCAACAACAACGGUGACAAUAUUUGGUUUUCGUGAAAAUGAUGUAGAAUCGAUACAGAACUAUUUUUCAAAUAUAGGCCAAAUUGACAGUAUAUCUCGAGAAGAUGAUACGAAUGAUACAAAUUAUUUGAAUAUUACUUACAAAAAUUUAGUCUCAUUCCAAAAUGCUUUAAAUUUAUCUGGAAUAUUGUUAGACGGGUGUAUUAUAGGAGUAGUACCGUUCAAAGAAACGUAA